AAGCGUAUCCGGCAUUUCUUUCCAGGCACGACAUGCGACUCCUAUCUAACAUGAAUAAUUCAUAAUGGUGUUAGAGUUACUAUACAAUGUCGAAUCAUGCACAUGUUGGUAAUGCUCAGGAAGUGGAUAUUGAGGAAUGUAAAGCAGAAGUGGAAAAACUGCGAGCCCAUAAGAAGACACUGGAAGGAAAAAUACAAGGCUAUAGUUUUCUAGGAAAUAGACUCCGCGAAAAAGACGAAGAGUGUCGACAGUUAAAGCAAAAGCUAGCAGAAGUCACACAAAACACUCAUUCAAAGACAGACAAUCGUCCUGUUACCCCACAAAACACAUCUUGUUUAACUUCAACUAAAAAUAUACAGACAAGCCUUCAUCUCAUGAAUGAUAUUCAUGUCAUAAAUACCUCCAAUGGACAUCCUUAUCCUCUCCAAUUAGCUACCCAGAGUCAUCAGGCCUCUGCUAACACUACAGGUCUCAUUGAAAGUGGAACAAAACAAAGCAGUCCUAUUGACUGUUUGAUUAAAGCGAAGUCAACAAACAUUGUUAACAUGUCAUCCAAUCAUACAACUGUUGAAACCAUUCGUCUGUUUCCCAGUGAAACAAAGCCUGCGGUAUAUGGACCUCCUGGAGAUGGUGUUGCCUACCCACCAGUAUUUGUCAGACGGGAGAGUGAAGUGUUGCAGAAUUAUGACAAAUCCCAUCCCAUUCAAGGAUCGCCGACUGAUGCACAGACCGAAAGCUGUGAUCAGACUGAUGGACUAACCAAAGGUGCUGGUAGUCUAGGGAUACAGAUUCAAAAAGACUUAAAAAGCUAUGAUGUCCCAAAUGAAACCAGUCUUAACUUGAUGAAUUUUGAAGAUAGCAUUUUGUAUCCUCCAACUGAUUUCAAGAAAGUGCCGGUGGAUGACAGUGCAGUAGAUCAACUGAUCAGCAUGCAGGUGCGAGCAGAUCUAGUCACUGAUGGUCCCUCACAGAACAUAAAGAAGUAUGUGGAAGACCAUCUGCUGCCAAUGCUACAGAAACAGGAAGAGGAAACGAAGAGGAAAGAAGAACGUUGGAAAAGUGAAAGAUGUGAACUUCUUCAAAAGAUUGAACAAUUGGAAAUGCCCAGGACAAAAAACCAGACCCCAGGCCAAUCAUUUUCAGAGAACCAGAUGCCAGGUUGGGAUGUCGUGCAGAGAAAUGAGGCAAUGAAGUCAAGUGAUGUGAGAUUGUUGGAAGAACACAACAAACAGCUUGUGGAUGCCAAUAGGAGCUGGCAAGCAUUUUAUGAAAAGACACAGACAGAGCAACAAAAGACAGCUGAUCACUACAAAGAAAAAUUUGAGGCACUGACCCAGGAAAUCAGUAGGAUGAAAGUCCAAGACGAGCAAAAGAAAGCUGAUUUUCAGAAAAUAUUAUUCGAGUCAAAGCAGAAACAAGCUGAUGAAGAGGCACUUAAGGAAGAAAUGCAACACUAUAAAGGAAAGGCAGAGGCAUUGGAGAGACAGCUGCAACAGAUCCACCCAGGCGUCCUCCAAAACAAUAUGAAUGCUCUACACAUUGCAGGAACGUCUGGACCCCCUGAAUUCAAUAUAACAAAUGGCAGAUCUCUACGUGACCUACAAGUUGAGAAUGAGACUCUGAGAUGUCAGCUCACAGUGUUCCAAGAAGACUUUGACAGAGAGAGGAGUGAUAGAGCUCAGGCUCAGGCAGCUAAGGAAAACUUCAAGGAAGAGCUGGACGCAGUGAAACAAGAAUGCAAUCUCUUAAGGAACCAGAUGAAACAAAAUGAAAGAAAUAUGAGGCAAGCUCAAUCUAACUGUCGAGAAGCUCAUCGUGAAAAGGACAAUCUUCAACAGGAGAUUAGAGACCUAAAGAAUACGCUGAGGAGAGAAAAGGAAGCAAAUGCAAUGCACUUACAGAGACCAUUCCCAGCACAGAUCCAACCUGUUCCACAACAUCAGGGUUACCUUAAUCAUCCUGGAGGGAUGGUAAAUGGCACACCACACAUAGAGCCCAGCCGUGUUGCUGCUCAGCCUCAGACAGAUCCAUUUGCCCAGCCGAUACCAUCUUAUAUGGCCAACACCCACCAGAGGUCUUCAGGUGUCCCACAGCCACAAAAAGACAUGUCAGGGGAAUGGCAGUGUAACAGGUGUACUGUAAAUAAUCACCCUUCACGUACUGUCUGCGAGGUGUGUGGAUACAAACAGCCAUUUGCUCAACAAAGACCAGGAUAUGUCCCACCCCAGCUCUACAGAACAGGCUACAAUGGAGACCAGAUGGAACCAUGCGAAAGUUUUGACCUCUCAACAGACACAGGAGAUUUAGCACAAGACUAAGCAGUUCAAAAUAUCUGACAGGGUUAUACAGUUAAUGAGCCUAAAUCAAGUUGUGGUAUUAGUACAAGAUCAGUUUUAAAUGGCGCUAAUGAAAUUCCUGAAUGUUAAAUACAUUCUUACUUGAAAUAUUCCAAAAUUAACAUUUCUUCUCCAAUGGUCUACUGUAGAUGUUCAGGAGAUCAGAAUCUGGGAAAAGUUAAUAAGUGGAACUGAGGUGUAGAAUGUGUCUACAGUUUAGUGAUGUCAGCGUCUGGUUAUGAAACUACCUGUGCUUGGUGUAGAUUCUAAUCUUGUUUAGAUUUUCACAGUAAUGUAUAAAUAUAGAUAUUCUAUCAUUGUAUGUAAUGUAUACAAGUGCAUUAUGAAUAAAAAAAAAGAUUCGGACAGUGUUCCAAAAUUAAUAAGAAACUUUACAUUAGUAUUGAGUUUCCCAGGAAGUAAGAUCAUUCCUUAUUUUGGAACUUUAAGAAAUAGAACCAUACAUUGUUUUACACAGUGAAAUGGUUACCCCAUUCUUACCUUAAUACAGGUCAACUUGUCGUAACAACAAAAGCACGUAUACAUUGCAUGUUAGAUAUUCGUUAUUAUUUUAUACUGUAUGUCAUUUGUUUAUAACAGUAUAUGAAUUGAUGAAAACAAGUUAUUGUACAAUAAAUAUAUCCAUCCAGACUCAGAUUAGAACAGCUCACAAUCGUGUGAUAGAUAUUGAAUCCCAGUAACUUAUCAUAAAGAUAAUUAAUUUUGGCUUUGUAUACAGAUUUUGCAUUCCACUAACAAACGAAUACAGAAUGUUUUAUUUUUUGUUGAAAACUGGUCCAAGCAUGGUACUGUAGAACAGCUGCAUCACACUAAUGUCUCAGUGGGUUACUACAACUGUUUAUUAGUUAUUUUCAGUAAAACCAGAUAAAGCAAAAAAUAACAAAUAUAGGGGAUCUUGCGGGAGAUUUCAUUUCAAUUGAAAUUUGCGAAACAAGUCUCAAAUUUUUUAUCAAACUUUGAUGAAAAAUAUGUCACAUUUCAAUCUCAUAUGAAAUUUGAAACAAAAGUAAGAUCCAGUUAGGACAUCUCUAGAUACCUAAUUAGACUGAUCUGAAAUCUAGAUCGGUGAUAUUCUCACCUGUCUGUGAUGUCAUAAUGUAUAUAACAGCAUAAAGUUAUCAGCCAAUGUCACUGAUCUACUAUUAUUACACAUGUUAGAUGUUAUGGGUGGUAACAUAGAAGUUACAGGCAACAGAUGUAGGUGUGCAACACAAGGCUACGGGGUAUCCUGGCACAAUUUGUAAGUAUGAUGGAAUAGUGAUAUAGCCAUCGGCAAGUUUUGUGCAAAUUAAAUUUUCAUGUCUUUACAUGAUUCAAAUAUGCAGUUUUCUAGCUUAAGCAUGAAAAGCACAUAUUUGAUUUUUAUCCUUUUUAGAUAAAGGAUCUCAUAUGGGUUUCCAUUUGAUAUGUGAAUUUAUGAAAAAAGUCCAAAGAAUUUUUCAUUUUAGCAAGCCAUCAAUGAGCUGAAAUAAAAAUAUCUUAAGAGUUCAUAAAUCUUAUAUCAAAUGAAAACAAAAGAUACUUUUUAUCACAUGAUUGCUUUUUAAAGCAAGUUUGGUAGAAAACUGACAUUUCUAAAUCAAAGUCAACUCUAUAUCUACAGUCUCCGUUAUAAUGUCACAAUGUCUUUGGUGAAAGUGUAACAUCAUAUUAUCUAAAGUGACAUUACAAUAAGCUAUAUUACACAUGUUUAACAUUCAAAAAUGUGACGGGUUUAUUCACUGAAGAACAAGGCAAUCAUGUGGUAAAGAAUACAACUCUAGGCUUUGAUACAUACAUGAAGCAAAAUGCUUUCUUUGUACAAUAGAAUAUCGUAUCAAACAUAAAUCUGUGUCAAUCUUUUUUAUCAUCUUGUAAUAUUUAUUGACAUCUAUCAGUUUUAUUCCUAUAGAUUUCUCAAAUUUCUCAAAAUUUUAUCCAAAAUCACAACACAGAUGAAAGAAAUUUUUAUUUGAAACAUAUAUCUCAUAUAUUUGAGAGGAAUUUUCUCUAUACCAAAUCUAUAAUCAAAAGAUUUCUUUUAGUGUAAUGCAAUAAAAAUCAUACCAAAACUACUUAUUUCUAUUUUAGGUCAUAUUGAUAUAGUUUUUUGAUGUGAAUGAAUUUGUUCCCUCUUCAUCAUCUUUGUAUUUUAAACAGUGUUUUAUCCAGAAAUUUAACAGAACAACUAAGAACUACAUGAUGAGGUUGACAGGGCCCUAAAAUGACUGUAGUUACUGUAACACAUUUCUUCUGAUAUUCCUUACUAAGUAGCACAAUACCAAGUGUGUUUUAUCUUACGUUUAUUAUUAACAAACAUUUUGCUCUCUUGAUGAUACUGUUGGUAACCUACUUAAUGUCAUCCCACAUCAGAUGCUGUCUCAGUUAUAUCUCCAGUAUAGAAAAUAGAUUUAACCAUUUAUUUCACCGUCCGUCAUACGAAAAACAUCCUAAACAAAUCUACAUACCAGAAAAUGGAUUGUUUAAAUUUGGCUAUAAAUAUUCAGUAUGUUUGAUAAGUGUUAAUGAAUAUAUUUCUUUAUGAUAGAUGACAGCUUUCAAUAGGGUAGAAUGCAAUGAAAAUAUCAAUGGUUUUCAAACUCGUCAUGUAAUAAAAAGCUUGCGCACAUUUUUGUUACCAUAGAAUUAAAAAAAAGGUUUCGAUGAUUAAUUAGACUGAUGUGGGUCAGACGUUUAAAAGAAGGUGCCAGAUUGUCCAUUUAAAAGAAUGUCAGGUAACAUGAAGGAGGAAAUAUUUCCUUGUCUUUGUUGUAACUUGUGUAUAUAGUGACAUAAACAGAGGAGUUAUGCCACUGCUCGGAAGGGUGUCUCGGAGUGUGGUAUAUACUAUUAUCUUAAGAGCAAAAUAUUAGUUUCAAUCAAAAGGUCAUGUAGUAUAUUGACUUAGCUGUGUUAACUCACAAAAAAAAGUUAUAUAUAUAUAUUUAUGUAUGUAUAUAUAUAACGUGGUAUCAUGAUGUCUCUCCAAAUAUCUUUUAUAGUUGCUAUAGUUCAUAAAGCUACCGCUAAUUUCUACUCGGCCCUGAACGACGAAACAGAAUUGUUAACAAAAAGAAUGGUAAAAAUUGUACCAGAAGUUGUUUUAAUUAAGGAAUGACUAACCAAAUAGGAGUAAAAAUGAACAAUCAUGUACUGUCUACUAAUAAGAGGACAGUGUAGGAAACAGCAGUGUGUAUAUUAAUGAUUCAAAAUAUCACUUAAUAGCAUAUCUGCAGUAUCAGCUAGAAAGGAUCAAAUAGUAAACACGAGAAUGUUUGGGACUGGACUUUCCAGUGUGGUGUAAAGGUUUGCUAUAGAGAGGAUUCUUGGAUUCAUGAUGUAUCUUGGAUGUGUGUGGAUUUUCUCUUGUGGUACAGAGAAAAUCGGGUCUUUUUUAAGGAGGGAUUAUUUUUUGAGAAGUGGCUGAUAUUAACAGCUUUGUUUACAUAAUUUGUUGUAAAUGGAGAACAUAACAGUACAGCAUUGUACUGAAUCAAUGAUUGUUGAUGUGGAUUUGUUUAAUGUUAAGUUGAUAAAUAACAUUGUCAGUGUUGUUUUUUUUUCUUUUUUCAAUCAAAUGAUUUUAUGUAUCAAGCUCUAGUAUGCCUUAUUUGAUAGAAACGUAUUUAAGAAAGAGCAUCAUGCUUUUCAGUAUUGUGAGACCUGUUAUUAAGACUUCCUGCGAACAGAAUACAGGAUAUAAUUGGAUUUGAUAUGAAAUAUGCAUUAUUAGGAAAUGCUUAUUUUGUGGUGUUGUUAUUUUUCUUGCUUCGUAUUUGUUUUGACUUGAUUAUAUUUCCUACUUGUAAACCAGAAAGUGAUCACUCUUGAUGCUAACAAGUUUAUAUGUGUAGAUUUUGAUUAUAUUGAUAGAUUGAGAAAUAUUGAUUUAACUGAGAAGGUUUAGUUAUUAUGUUUUUAAGUUACGAUGAUUAGUUAACUUUUAUAUGGUUAACAACUACCUAAUUUAGAUUAUAUGAUGUCAUGAUUUAACACCUUAUAUAAAACGUACCAUAUUAUGUAUAUAUAUAAAUUGGCGUAGUUAUCUAGUUAAUAGAAGGAUGUUAGGAUAUAGUUAACAGUUUACCUGUUACCAAGCUUGUAGGACUGACUUAACUAAUGAUAUAGUUAACAGUUUACCUGUUACCAAGUUUGUAGGACUGACUUAACUCGUAUUAUAGUUAUCUGGUUAAUAGAAGGACGUUAUGAUAUAGUUAACAGUUUACCUGUUACCAAGUUUGUAGGACUGACUUAACUCGUAUUA